GGGUUCAGAAUCCGGCACGAACCGAACCGCAGGCGGGACGAAUCUGAGUGGUCGGCAGUGGGGUGGGUGCGUGAUGACGCCAAAAGGCGAUGCAAGCCCGAUGCAUGUGCAGUGGACUAGCAUGGCUUCCUUGCGAGCUAGUGACGCAUCGAUUGUUUAGCCGACACUGAAGUAACGACGCAAGAACGAACGGCUUCUGCGAAACGACCACAGCCGACUGAAGCACGUUUGUGUUCGCACGACUGACCACGAAUUAUUCGAUAACGAGAUGGCCCACCGCGGCAGGAAGAUGGAGGAAGAGGCGCUGAAGAGCAGCAUCGCCGCCGACCUCGAGUCUAAUGUCGCCGCCGUCCGCAUCAACGCACGGCGCAUGCGCAUUCAGCGCUUCAAGGAGAACGUGCGCCGGCAGGAGCAGCUCGCGCAGCUGGGUCUGGAAUCGGCGCCGGUGGAGGUGGCCAUGGUGACGAAACAGCUGGCCGAGAGCCGCCAGAAGCUGGAGAAGGUCGAGGACGACGGCCUGGAGAUGGUGACCAACGUUCACGUUGCCUUUCUGAGCCGGGAGGCGGGCUACCGGAAAAACGCCGAGCUCAGCCAGCAGCAGCGUCAGCAGCGGCUGCGGGAGGACGCCGAGCUGGCGCAAGAGCGGUUCGACAGGAUCUCCGAGCUCUGGGACAGUGCUAUAGCACGUGCUCCGGGCAGUCUACAUGUGCACCUGACGAGCCAGCGGGCGCUCUGCGACGAGCUGAUGGCGCAGAAGGAGGCGGUCGUCAAGAGCCUGGAGGCGGAGCUGCGCUGUAUGGAUGACGAGUACAAUGUUGAGGUGGCCACCCACGGGCAGGACACCACGGUGCUGAUUCAGAGGAUGAAGGACCAGCUUGUCAUCCUGCGGAACGCCUACGUUCGCGAACUGAUGCAGAUCUACGAUGCGAUGAGGGAAGACCUAGAUGAGACGCGAGAAAGACAUCAGCAUGACUGGCAGGAAAAGCUGGAUGAAAUCGUUGCCAUGGAGGAGAAGCGUCUAGCCGGCUACAUCCAGAUGACGGACGAGCACGACCAGGAGAUGGACAGCGUGCACCGCGAGGAUGCCGAUGAGUACCGCCAGGUUCGAAGCACGCUGGAGAAAGACGUGGAGCUGUUACAACAGCAACUGGAGCAGCUUAAGGCUGCCUGUUUGCUCAACACAGAAAAGCUGGACUACAAUUACCAGGUACUGCGGCGCCGGGACGAGGAGUCCACCAUCACCAAGUCCCAGCAGAAACGCAAGCUUAACAAGCUACAGGACAUCUUCAACGGCCUGAAGCAGCGGCUGGCCGAGCAGGAGCGCAGUCAGAAGGCUGAGCUGCAGCAGCUGACGUCUGAUAUCAGGCGCCUGACGGACAUGCUGGUGGACCUGGGCGAACGGAACCAGCACUUCGUGUCGGUGCACAAUCGGCAGCUGCACCAGAUCUUCGAGAUGACAUACGAGAGCUGCCGCCGCCAGCUGGACAAGGUGGUGCGCGCCGACAAGGUCAUCCACGAGCAGCAGCUGGGCCUCCCCUUCACAUCGCCCGACCUCGAGUUUCUGGCGCCGCCCGAGAUCAAGACGGACUCGGCGAUGGAGGUGGUCCGCGAGACGCUGAGCGGUGAGGCGGAGGUGCCGGCAGCCGGCAGCGGCCCUGCCCUCUCGGCCGUCACCGGGCCGGCGCCGCCUCUGCUGCGCCGCCUCCUGCUGCUGCUGAGCGACGAGGCCGGCUUCCUGGUGGAGGACAAGCUACACCGGCUGCUGGCCGAGGUGGGCGGCGAGGAGGCGGUGCUGCUGCGGCUGGACGCCGUCAUGACAGCGCUCGGCGUCCGCUCGCCGGCUGAUCUGGAGCAGCUCUGUCAGUACUUCGUCCGGUACGCGUCGCCGGCACCGAGCGAGGAGGAGCUCGUCACCUCCGCCUGCGCCGUCACCGUCACCGUCACCGGACCGGCCUGA